AUGGUCGGAGCUCAAACUAUUACAUGCAUUGAUGACAGUAGGUGGGAUAAAGAUAUGCCUUACUGCAUAGGUACAUGCGAAGUUCCUAAACCAUCAACAGUUGAGGAUUAUCAGAUUCCAAAUAUAACCAUCAUCAGCGGUAACGAUUCUUACCCAUAUGAUUCGGUUGUACAUUUGCACUGUCCAAUACCAGGACUACGAUUAGAUGGAGUGGAUACAUUAACUUGUACCAACAAAGGAUGGGAACCUAAUAAAAUAGCAGUAUGUCAAGACAUUAACGAAUGUCUAGAAGGUAAACAUGACUGUCAUAUGCUACUGAAACGCGAAGAAUGUCACAAUACGAUUGGCAACUAUGAAUGCAUAUGCUUACCUGAUUAUGAGCGAACUGCAGAUGGCGUCUGUAACCCAAUUCCAAUUAAACAAUGCCCGGUAACCGAAGGGAUAGACGUCUGUGAAGAUGAAACUGAAUAUAUUAGUGGAUUUGAAUACACAUGGAAUAACACCAAUGCAAAUUGCAGUUCUCAAUGGGUUCCAUGUCCAACUGGAUAUAUUGGUUACUUAUUCAAAGAAUGUGACGUUGAUGGUGUAUGGUUAGAAGCCGAUACAAGUAGAUGCAUCUCUCAAGAAAUUAUUGAUAUUACUAAGAUGUUGGAAAACAUGACAAAUGUUGAUGACAUUGUAUUGGUAAUGGAACAACUCAAUGAAGUGGAAAACAAUUUCGGUGAUAAGAUGGCUAAAGCUGAAGUGCUGUCGAUCAUUAUUGCGAAGAAUCCACUUGUAUUUAAUUCAACUAAUGACAAAAAAGACAACUAUAUUAACACUAUGUUGCAACACCACAGUAAUUUAUUAGACUUGCAAGCUGAAUGGGAGUCGACACAGCAUAACAUCAUUGAGGGAAUACAGCAAGUUUUCAUCAACAUCGACAAAUUCGGUCAAACAGUAUACGACUAUAUGUUGGAGAUUGGAAGACGUGACUUUAAUCUGAAGACCAAUAACAUUGAUUACGAGGUACAUUUUAUGGACGGAGACUGGUUUGAAAACAAAGAAUACGUAAUUUUACCUGAAUCUCUGAAUAAUCGGACUACAUGGAGUUAUAUUCGUAUACCCACGGAAAUUGUUCAAACCGAUCAUGAGGAAUUACAAGACAAGAUUGCCAUCAUAGUAGUAGUAUAUCAUAAUCUCUCGGAGAUACUACCAACAGAAGCAGUUGGAACAGUGAAAUCCAAAUACCGGACAUGGGUGACGAGCGUCACAGCCUUAGUGAAUGUUAUCAAAGUAAAUACGCCUGUUAUAUCAGCUAGAAUAUAUCCCGAAGACGGUGUACAAACGAGUGACCUGAAACGAAAUAUCUCUUUGAAACUAAACCACAUUCAGGUUGGUCACGAUGCAGAGUGUUUCUUUAUGAAGUAUGGUUACUCUAGUGGAUUGUGGAGUGACAGUGGAUGUAGUCGCAUAGCUACCAACGAUACCGAAUCUUACACCAUCUGUACCUGUAACCAUCUGACUAAUUUUGUAGCCAUUAUGAAAAUGGGUCUCAGGCCCGUGCCAUUUCUAGAGGCAGCAUGGGAAUUAUGUAUUUUAAUUGGAGCUGUUGUUGCAAAUACACUUCUCCUCAUCAGUCUGAUCAUGUUAUAUUAUGCAAGAUUAUACAGUGACCGUUAUUUCACAAUCAAGCAACUAGGCAUAUCUCUGCUGAUGACAAUAGUGACGUUGGUAGUUGGGAUUAAAUCUCAGAAGAAUACGUCACACACGGUGUUGAACUUCUUAAAAGAAUCUGUUGUGAAAUUAAAUUCGGAUCAAUGGUGUACAGAGACUAACAUUAUUAGAGCUUGA